CAGGGAGAAAAACCGGCUCUGGUUGCGAAACUUUUGUGGAGGGAGUGGUUCAGGACACAUUCCUGCCAAUUGUUUUCAGCCUUGUCUGAAUAGACUUGAAAUUGAUAGGCGAGUUGCCAAACCUGAUAUUCCCUCCGUUUUAUCUUGUUGAUCCAACCUUCUGAACUAGAGAGACAAAUGGAGCCAAUGUUUUACACAGCAUGAGGAAGUGGACACGCUAAGGCAUUGUUUCUAGCCAACCAUAGAUGGCAGCAUUAACUUGCCGAGUGUUCCUGCAAGGUGAGGGUGACCGUCGAAAUGUCCCCGUGCUGUGUGUCUCAUGUAGCCAGAGAGCAAUGAGAGUUGCCACAGUCCGGACCGACUGAGAGCGGAUGGGCCAUAAAGAUGAGCUCUGAGCCUUUGACCCGCGCUGAGGUUUUUGGACGGCUCAGGAGGGAGCUCUAUGGAGUGGAACAGUCCAGUCAUUCCAGCACGCACAUAUUCAUCAUCCUGGGAGCCUCUGGGGAUCUUGCUAAAAAGAAGAUCUAUCCAACUUUAUGGUGGUUAUUCAGAGAUGGCCUGCUCCCAGAUGACACAUACUUUGUUGGUUUUGCCCGUUCUGAGCUGACCGUGGAAGAUAUCAAGGCAGCAUGUCUGCCUCACAUGAAGGUCACCGAUGGCGACACUGAGUGUCUCUCAGCAUUUUUCAGUAAGAACUCCUACCUGAGCGGCAAAUAUGACGACGACACCUCGUUCACCCAACUCGACUGCCAUCUGUCGUCUCUGCCUGGGGGAGCUGACGCCCACAGACUCUUCUACCUGGCCCUGCCCGCCACCGUCUACCUGCAUGUCAGCACAAACAUCAGAGCUCACUGCAUGAGUCGCAGAGGCUGGAGCAGGGUAAUUGUGGAGAAGCCCUUUGGACGAGAUCUCCAGAGCUCAGAGGAGCUGUCAGCCCACCUGUCCUCCCUGUUCACAGAGGACCAGAUCUACCGCAUAGACCACUACCUGGGCAAGGAGAUGGUGCAGAACCUCAUGGUUCUCAGGUUUGGAAAUCGUAUUUUCGGACCAAUAUGGAACAGGAACAGUGUGGCCUGCGUCGUCCUCACUUUCAAAGAGCAUUUUGGCACUCAGGGCCGCGGAGGAUACUUUGAUGACUUUGGUAUUAUUCGAGAUGUCAUGCAGAAUCAUCUCCUCCAGAUACUCUGUUUGGUCGCCAUGGAGAAACCGGCUUCCACCAGCCCAGAUGAUGUGAGGGAUGAGAAGGUGAAGGUGCUGAAGUGUGUAGCUCCAGUUGUUGGGACGGAUGUGGUGCUUGGCCAGUAUUUGGGGGACCCUGAGGGCGAAGGCUACUCUAAGCUGGGUUACCGUGACGACCCAACCGUUCCCGAAGGCUCCUGCACGCCGACUUUUGCCACAGCCGUGCUUUAUGUCCAGAAUGAAAGAUGGGACGGCGUACCUUUCAUUCUCCGCUGCGGCAAAGCUUUGAAUGAACGGAAGGCAGAAGUGCGUCUGCAGUUCACUGAUGUACCAGGAGACAUUUUUGGGGAGCGCUGUCAGAGGAAUGAGCUGGUGGUCCGUGUGCAGCCGGACGAAGCUAUUUACCUGAAGAUGAUGACCAAAAGGCCCGGGAUCUACUUCAGCCCACAGGAGACUGAGCUGGACCUCACCUACCGGAGCAGAUACAAGGACGUGAAGCUCCCGGACGCUUACGAGAGGCUGAUUCUAGAUGUUUUCUGCGGAAAUCAGAUGCACUUUGUUCGCAGUGAUGAGCUGCGGGAGGCCUGGAGGAUCCUCACCCCCCUCCUCCACCAAGUAGAGGGAGAGAGGACACGACCGAUCCCUUAUACAUACGGAAGUCGUGGUCCAGACGAAGCAGAUGACCUUAUGAAGAGGGUGGGAUUCCACUAUGAGGGAACAUACAAGUGGGUGAAGCCCCACCCAACAUGAUUCAAACGAAUGAUUCGAAAAUACUAAUGGAUCACACAAAUGUAAAUCUGGAAACAACCAUAACUGUACAUUUUUAACUUUAAAAAAUCCAUCAAUAUUCACACAUUUAAUUAAAUGUUUAUAUUCUUUUAUUCAAACCUGCUCUCUGCUAUCAGCAGGCCCGUGUUAACAGCCAUCACAGCAUAAUGAAACGUAACACUACAUAGGAUUUACACUGGGACGUCUGGUCUGUAAGAACACAUGACAUGAAAGUUUACCUAAAAUGUUCUGCUUCACAUGAGAAUGAUUUUCACGUAGGUAAAAUUGUAUGAAAAAUGUAUUUAGACUAAACUUAAAUCAAGUUUCUAAAUGCAUGUUAAUCCGUAACACUGGUGCUUCCAUCACAAUGCAUGAAUGAACUUUGAUUUGAACUUUGAUUUACUUUUAAAUCUGGUGUUUUUUCAACUGCUUGCAGCACACAAUUUCUUGUGAACCAUGUCAGUCUCUGUCAGGUACUUGGCCCAGCUGGUGGCCUUCUAACUACAAACACACAUACCUUUGACAAAUAAUAGACCAUCUGUUCAUCCUGCCAGUACUCUGAGGGCCGUGGGAAGUGCAAAAAUGUGUUUUACAACUUCUCCUCUGGAGACGAUUUUAUUAGUUCCCUUAUGUGUUAUUGUAUUUGCAGUUUACUAUAACAUAUUAUGAUCUUUCAGUAUGGUACGUAACCCUAACCUUAAAAACAGUCAAAAUCAAUAGUUCCUACUGCACAAUUAUUUAUGUUGAAGCUGUUGUUGCUUUUACCAUAUUUCAAAUGUACACUAAUUUUGUCAACAAUAAAGCACAAAAUGAGUCAAGUCAA